CAUGUCCGGACGGGCCUUGAGAAGACUGCGAGGAGAUCAGAGAGGACAGGAGGAACCCGGGGUCCUUGGAGGGGAGGAAGAUGACGAAGAGGAGGAAGAAGAAGACGAGGCACCGAAGCUCCCGGAACCGCGGUCCCGUAAAACACGUGGAAACCGGAAACUCUUGGCGGAGCGAGGCCUAAAUAAUCCCUUCCAGCUGAUAAUUGACCAGGAUUGUGAUGCUUCCGACAUCAAGCAUGGCACAAAUUCACAAAAUGAGAAAGAGACAAAUACUUGUAAGACAGACCAAGAUGGCACUGAAGAUCCUGCUUUGGAACAGGCUGUUCUGAGUAACAAACCAAAGAAGAAGAAGAAAAAGAAGAAAUCAAAGAAAUGCCCUGUUUCCGAGAACCAGGCUGAUGGUGGGGCAGAAGAUGCUGAUCAGCUUGGUGAUAUAGACAGUAUCCUACAAAAGAUCGAAACUACCAAUGGGCUCACAUACCAAACCAUUAGCAGUGGGAGUACUGAGAGCCGCCCAUUGUUAUAUAUUGAACACAGGAAUUUAAAUCCUGAGACAGAACUGAAGAAAUAUUUUGGCUCUCGUGCUGUCAUGGGAGAUCAGAGCAGGCCACGGCAGCGGCAACGUCAGCAUCAUCGCAGUACCUGGCUUACCGCUCCAAAGAGUACCUGGCCUAGAUACAGCAAGACCGGCAUUUCAAUGAGCCUUAUAGAGACCAAACGAGGAGUUCAGUAUUUCACAUUUGAGCACCAAAGAGAUUACCAACAGGUGCAGUUCAAGUUCCUAGAUGCUGUGGAAUCUAUGGAUCCCAACAAUAUUGUGCUGCUACUUCAGAUGAACCCAUACCAUGUUGAUUCUCUGCUUCAGCUAAGCGAUGUAUGUCGUAUUCAAGAAGACCAGGAAAUGGCACGUGAUUUGAUAGACAGAGCUCUGUACAGCCUUGAGUGUGCUUUUCAUCCUGUGUUUAGUCUUACCAGUGGAACCUGCAGAUUGGAUUACCGUCGGCCUGAAAACCGAGGAUUCUUUCUUGCACUUUUCAAGCACAUGUUUUUUCUAGAGAAGAGAGGCUGCCCACGCACAGCCCUUGAAUUCUGUAAACUCAUUCUCAGCCUUGAUCCAGAAAAUGACCCACUGUGCAUGCUGCUUUUAAUUGAUUUCCUGUCUCUACGUGCCCGUGAAUACACCUUCCUCAGCCGCAUGUUCCAGGAGUGGGAGGCUCAUCGGAAUUUAUCACAGCUCCCAAACUUUGCAUUUUCAGUGCCUCUGGCGCUCUUUCAGCACAGCCAGCAGGAUGAUCUCUCUGCUGAAGAAGAGAAGAAAGCUCGGGAAAAAGCAAGCCACCUCAUUCAGCAGGCACUUAUUAUGUUCCCAGGAGUUCUUCUGCCCCUGCUAGAUUCUUGCGGAGUCCAGCCUGACGCUACUGUACAGUCUCAUCCUUUCUUUGGAUCACCAGCUCAAAUAAGCCAGCCCUCUGCGUUGACCUUGUUGAUAACACUCUAUGUGGGGAGAUGUCACAACCUAUGGAAGGAGCCAAUGGUUAUGUCUUGGCUGGAGCAACAAGUUAGAGAAGUGCUGGGUCUGGUGGACAAUAAAGAUGCGAUUGUUCAGGAAUGUGAGAUGAGACGAAAGACUCGCUAUCAGUGCGCCCCUAUGAACAUCCAUCGUCAUGUGAUUCUGUCAGAGAUUAAGGGAGUUAGCUCGGCUUUACCACUGGAAGUGACAGCUCAGCCAGUUCUGGGAUAUGAUCCCCUCCCUCCAUCGGAUUCCAUUAUGUCAUACACAAGACCCGAAAGGACUCACCGGCCAUCAAAUGAAGGAACUUUAUCUUUGUUCUUCAGAUCACUUUUGCCAAACUUCAAUCUUCAGGGAGAGGACCAUCAGGAAGGUGACGAGGCUGGAGCUGCCAGGGACUUAAAUCAAGGAGUAAACAGACUCAUGGCAGCGAUGAGAGACAUGUUGGCAAACAUCCAGUUCCAAGAGCCACCACGUGAGGACAAUCCAGAUGAGGAGGCAGACGCAGAAUGGGAUUAAGGCCUCCAUAUCAACUCUGGUCCACCAGCACAGUUUUCAUGUGCUUAUAGACUAAUCAAUAACUGAAUGGAAGCCUGUGCAGUGGAUUACGGUUUUCAUUAUUAAGAUGUCUGAAACCUAGAGUUUUAUGCAGUUCCUUAAACUUUAUAAAAUAUUUGUGAAACUGCAUGGCAGAGCAUUUACCUUUGAGAGAGGUGAGGUAUGUUACACACAUGUUGCUUUGCUACUUUGAAGCCUCCUUCCAUGAUGAUUAUUUGCAUGAAUGCAAAGCAGGGAGAGGAAUAACUUUUUCCUUUUAAUAAAUCUCAUGUGAGCCACAGCAAUCCUUUUGAAAUUAGACUUGGUCAUAUGGGAAAUUGUCAUUUUCUGCCGAUGAAACAAAAUCUUUGUUUAAGUGAUGAGCUGCACUAACUGCCUAUUUGUAUGUUACUGCAGCUCUUAGUCUGGGACACAAAUUGGUGUCAUGAUCCUUGUCUCUUGUUCCCUGCAGGGGGGAGAGUUGCCUCUCCGCUACCAAACCUAAGCUUCUACUUAUCCGUAGACAUCAGGCAUAUGCUGGCUUGCCUUCUGAUAUUAGAUUUGCUCUUUCCAAGGUUAUAGCAACCAGAGGUUCUUUGAAAAUAAAUAUGUUUACAAAGUCCCUAA